UACCACGGGGAUAGCUAUCUGCAGCUAGACCAAAUCUCUGUGUACUACAAUGAAGCCACAGGUGGCAAAUAUGUUCCUUGUGCUAUCCUAGUGGAUCUAGAACCUGGGACCAUGGACUCUGUUCGCUCAGAUCCUUUUGGCCAAAUCUUCAGACCAGACAACUUUGUUUUUGGUCAGUCUGGGGCAGGCAACAACUGGGCCAACGGCCACUAUACAGAAGGGACUGAGCUGGUUGAUUCAGUCCUGGAUGUGGUACAGAAGGAGGCAGAGAGCAGUGACUGCCUGCAGGGCUUCCAGCUGACCCACUCACUGGAUGGGGGCACAGGUUCUGGAAUGGGCACACUCCUUAUCAGCAAGAUCCGAGAAGAGUAUUCUGACUGCAUCAUGAGUACCUUUAGUGUGGUGCCUUCACCCAAAGUGUCUGAUACCAUGGUUGAGCCCUAUAAUGCCACCCUCUCUGUCUAUCAGUUGGUAGAGAACACUGAUGAGACCUACUGCAUUGACAACGAGGCCCUUUACGACAUCUGCUUCUGUACCCUAAAGUUGACCACACCAACUUAUGGGGACCUGAACCACCUUGUCUCAGCCACCAUGAGUGGUGUCACCACCUGCCUCCAUUUCCCUGGCCAGCUCAAUGCUGACCUUCACAAGCUGGCACUCAACACGGUACCCUUCCCACGUCUCCACUUCUUCAUGCCUGGCUUUGCCCCUCUCACCAGCCAUGGAAGCCAGCAGUAUUGGGCUCUCACUGAGCCAGAACUCACCCAACAGGUCUUUGAUGCCAAGAACAUGAUGGCGGCCUGUGACCCCCGCCAUGGCUGAUACCUCACUGUGGCUGCUGUCUUCUGUGGACGGGUGUCCAUGAAGGAGGUAGAUGAGCAGAUGCUCAAUGUGCAGAACAAGAAUAGCAGCUACUUCAUCCAAUGGAUCCCCAACAAUGUCAAGACAGCUGUCUGUGACAUCCCACCUCGUGGCUUCAAGAUGGCAGUCACCUUCAUUGGCAACAGCACAGCCAUCCAGGAGCUCUUCAAGCACAUCUCAGAGCAGUUCACUGCUAUGUUCCGCCAGAAGGCAUUCCUCCACUGGUAUACAGGCGAGGGCAUGGACGAGAUGGAAUUCACCGAGGCUGAGAGCAGCAUGAACGACCUCGUCUCUGAGUAUCAGCAGUACCAGGAUGCCACCGUGGAAGAGGAGGAGAAUUUUGGUGAAGAGGCUGAAGAGGAGGCCUACGGCACAGCCCCUAUCACUUCAAGCUUCUCAGUCCCCUUAACCUUCUUCCUCAACUACCCCUUUCCUCUCCCUCAGAAUUCAUGUUUGCUGCCUCUUAUCUUUUUUUUUCCUUGGGAGGGGGGUCUAGAACAGUGCCUGGCACAUGUAGGCACUCAAUAAAUACUUGUUUGUUGAAUGUCUCCUCUCUCCUUCCACUUUGGGAAACCUAGAUUUCUGCAUUCUAGGUAACCCUGUAUUUCCUUCUGGUGCCUGUUCCUCCAAUCUGUCCAGUUAAUAUUUCCUUCUGUUUGUAAAAUAAUUCCCUAAGAAGCGGGGUCUCAUCCAAAUGCCAUUUAUUUUAGAACCAACUGAAUGCUGAAUG